UGGUGCCAGGGAGAUGACUGCAACAUCAAUACAAAGCAGCUGCAGACCAAUAAGCACUGUAUCCAGGAUUCAGUUUCCUCCCGCACACCCUCCCCUCCUUCCUACUCAAUGGAAAAUCUUGAAUGAACUCAGGAGGGGGCCGAGCUUCUGUACCAAGGCAGAGCUGCAGAAUGAGUGAGACUUCAGGCGGUCUGUUGCUAUAGUGACUCCAAGGAGCAACCCAGUCUGCAGCUGUGUAGUAGUAACACAGCUUCACUUCUCAGAUACAGGCUCUGCUGAUGGGGAUAACACAAGGGAAGGAGGAGGACCAGCUCAGCAAGGCGCAAUUGUCCAGCCAGAGCCCAAGAUAACAUCCUUAGCGACUUGGAAAAACAUAAACCCGGAGGCAAAACCAAAUGGAUUUUGGAAGGUGAUAAGGAAAGUGAUUGUUUUUUCCCUCCAAGAAUAUGAACCUAGUGGGAGAUGCUGCAUGAAACAGAAAAGUAAUGAAUAUCCCGGCAACAUCUCAACAACAGUUCCCCUGCAGUAGUGUAAGGGUGGGAGAGCUCGUUUCCAAGCUGGAGACUCAGAGGAUCUGUACAUGAGUUCUGCUUUGUGUUUACCUGCACUAACAUUCCUACUGCUCAUCUAAAGACAUAAUGACAGGCCAGCUAACUGAAGAUAAUUCUGAGUCUCCCAAUCUGAACUCUGAAGAGCUUGAAUGUAAGAUCUGCUACAACCGUUACAAUCUGAGGCAGAGGAAACCAAAGGUACUUGGCUGUUGUCACAGAGUAUGUGCCAAAUGCCUUUACAAACUGGUGGACUGUGGAGAAUCCGCACAAUGUGUUAUUGUGUGCCCUUUCUGCAGAUUUGAGACCCGUUUGCCUGAGGAUGUAGUCAGCAGCCUUCCAGAUGACAAUAAUAUAUUACUGAACUUGGCAUGUGGUGGAAGAGGGAAAUGUGUUGGGGACAACCCAACAGAGCUGCUUCUGACCCCAAAACGUCUGUCAACUCUUGUCACCCCAUCCCACACCUCUACCAAUUGCCUUGUCAUUACCAUCAUGGAGGUCCAGAGGGAAAGCUCACCUGCUUUGAAUACUACUCCUGUGGUAGAAUUUUACCGGCCUUCCAAUUAUGACCCAGUUUCAAUACCUCAAAACUGGACAGUGUGGAACUGCACUUCCCUGAUCUGCCAAACCUCAGUGCGUGUGUUUGUUUGGUUGUUAGGGUUACUUUACUUCAGCUCCCUACCCUUAGGGAUCUAUUUGCUGGUGUCAAAAAAAGUCACCCUUGGGGUUGUCUUUGUCAGCCUUGUUCCAUCUAGCCUUGUUAUACUCAUGGUAUAUGGCUUUUGUCAGUGUGUGUGUCAUGAAUUUUUAGACUGUAUGUCAACGUCUUAGUCUUUUAAUUGUAUCUCCAUCAAAUGUCUAUCCUAGAAAACAUUUUGUAUCUUUAAUAGCCCAAAUAUUUUACCUGUAUUUUUAACUGAAUUAGAUCUGUGCUUAAUAUGUAUCUUUGCUGUGUUCUCUAUGACUCCAGUCUGUUGCCUUAAAUAUAUAAAUAGAAAAAUUCUAAAAAAAAAAAAAAAAAAAAAAAAAAAAACAAUCUUCACCACCCCUGUUUUAGUCAUAUGGGGGAUCUGUUACUGAUUCUGAAAUAUUAAAAAUAUGACAUUUAUUACCUGGUGUAAUUUCAUUUAUCUGUUACAAUUCAGGCUUUGGGCAGUGGCAAGUGAGCUGUACUUAUAACAACAUGUAUGUAAUAACAAGCUAUUGUUGCUUUUGAUUGGCUGUGAUGUUCAGCAUAAAUAGCCAUCCGUGUAACCAUUAGAAUUCUUUGUAUGCUACAGCCCUGCAGCCCAAUUUAAAAGAUAUCAUCAGAUAAUGCAAUGCUAGCAAAGAAAAUGUGAUUGUAUGCAGGUACUGUACUUUAAAGCACUGUGUUAUAUAAUGAAAAACUGUUUUAUGUC